AUGCAGCUUAUCAAACCGCAAUACAAAAAACCGCUGCAGGCGACACAGAACUUGGUCACCACUGUAGUCUUCAUUCUUAUCGCUGUAAGAAUUAGCAGAAAGACGACGGCAUUUGAUGUCCUAGCGCUAGUCAUGAAUGUCGACAGAUAUCUCCGCUGGGGAAGUCCCAAAUGGUACUGCAUCAUCAACGCAAUGGAAACGGUCCUGUGGACCAUGAUAAUGAUCCUCGGGAUGGCAACAAACAUCAAGCAGUGUACUUCGGGUGCUGAAAAGGGAAGCAGUAACUGUCAGAUCUUCUUUGGUGUGUCUGGUAUCGCCAGUAUUAUCUCGCAAAUUACUGGUUGGAUGAUGGUUUUCUUUUGGAGGCAAUGGCGUGCUGCUGUUAGAGACAGGAGCGCCUGCAACAUUGCCUACCUCCCAAGUUUGAUGGGGAGAUCCCGGUCUGUCCCACCCUCAUGGACCCCAUGUUACCCUCUUUGCUUCGCUGGCACGUCUCACUGUCCGCGAAAUCCUCCUCGCUCUUCAAUCAGUGCUUCGCAUUCGUCGCUUAUGCCCCUAGGAUUUUACGAAAGAAUCCGAAGACGCUCCUUCGCCUCCUUCCGCAAGAGGAAUACGCACGCAAAUGGUGACGCGGCGAUCUCACACGAAGUCCCGCUAUGGGUGCACGGAGUGCCGGCGGAGGAAGGUCAAGGUUCCCGUUGCAUUUACUUGGCCUCGCGCACUCACAAUGCCACGAGUCCAGUAAAGUCUCCACCGGUGGCGCCGCCGGGUCAUGUCCUAACGUUUGAUGGAGUCUCGGGAUCGCCUCCAAGUCUUUUCAAACUCGGCGACCAUGUCGAAGAGGGUCUUUUGCCGCUGUCACCAUUUGCGACCAAGAGAUGGGCGUGCAGCAUGGAGCUGAUGCACCAUUACUCCGUCUCCACAGCAAACACGCUAGCUCUCCGCUCUGAUAUGCAGAAUGUCUGGCGUACGGUGGUGCCAGAGAUGGGUUACGAACAUCCGUUCGUGCUGGACGGCAUCCUAGCUGUGGCUGCAAUACACAAAGCCCAUCUGCUGCCCCUCCAACGGGAAAAAUACCUCGAUAUUGCAGCAUACUACCAGACUCGCGGUCUGGGGGGCUUCCGUUCCGCUCUGUUCUAUAUCGGGGACACAAACUGGAAGCCCUCGUUCUGUUUCUCCUCCACCAUUAUUCUCUAUGUCUGCGCUUUGGCUGCUCACAGCAACGGAGAACCAGCACUCGGCACGGUGUCGGAAGUUCUAAAGCUCUUUGUUUUGCUCCGCGGAUUUCGCAGCGUCCUAUUACCUUGCCAAGCAGAGAUUCGGGAGACGCAAUUCGCGCCGUUGUCGCACGGAAUCUGGAUUGUUGAAGAGAACAGCAAGGACUUUGACCGCGAUGUAUUUUCGAACGACUCGCCUCUCCCAAAAGACAUUUUCGACCGUCUUCAUCGCUUGACCGUUCUUUUCCGAAGAGAGUUACCCGAGGGCAGUCGGCGAGAUUACGAGUUAGCUGUGUCAGAGCUGCGAAAAGCUGCUGUCCUUCUGGUACUCGCUGGGGAUAAUCCCGAGGUGGGCAUGCUAUUCUUUUAUCCUUAUGCGGUUCCCAGCAGCAUCAUUGCGGAUAUCCAGGCCGGCAGCCCGUACGCCAUGGUGUUACUUUCGUACUUUGCACUAUUACUAAGCACCAUCCAACCUCACUUUUGGUUCUUAGAAAAAUGGUCGGAGCAGUUGUUCGAUUGCAUUGAAUUUCAUUUAAAAGGUAACCCAAGACUGUGGGAUUUGGCCCAGUGGCCGAGAAGGAACGUGGCAAGGCUUCAUACAUAG